AUGGUAGAGUUGAAAAAGCGACAUACGGCGUCCUUUCUAAAGGAAGAAAUUCUAAAUUGCUUAAAUAAGUUUGACAUAAAAGCAACACAGCUCUAUUCCUCAACUACUGAUAAUGGGUCAAAUGUCAUCAAAACUUCGGAGUUGCUGCAAGAGCAGGACAAUGUAGAGUGCGAAAUUCAUAACAGACUUAGCUCGGUCAUGUCAGUAGUGAGAUGCGCCGUACACACGCUACAAUUAUGCGCACAUGAUGUAUACAAAACCCAUAAAAAUGAGUUGGCGGUAUGCAGAGAAGCAACACGUUCACUACGAAAAAUUAUUCGUAAUAACUAUGUUGAUGAAGACAUUCGGAUGCCUACACUAGAUAAUGCAACUCGCUGGAAUUCCACAUUCGACAUGCUUACUUCUCUGUUAGAUCUGAGAACGUUUGUAAAUGACCAUGCGAUUUGUUGUGAAGUAAAUUGGGACUUUAUUCAAAACUUUGUGUACGAUUUCAAGCCAGUUUCUGAAUGUACCAAAAGUUUACAAACAGAUAGUUAUACUAUCGGUGACUUUUACCGAGACUGGCUACUUUGCGAGGCACAACUGGAAAAUAUCCAGAGCAACGAGUUUGCGAUACAUUUACUGCAAUCUAUGCAAUCAAGAAAAACUAAAUUAUUGGAAAAUAAUGCAUUUAAUGCUGCUUUGUAUAUGGAUCGCAGAUUCAAUUAUAUGGACUCACCGUUUUUGAAUGAAAUACAAAAAAAGCAAGCAGUGACACAUAUAAUUAACACAAGCGCAAUUUUGAGUAGUUUGGAGGGAUGCACUGAAAUCGGUAGUGAUUCGGAAAUCGAUCAUGCUGAGCAGGUCCAAGUUUUCGACGAUAAGUAUGAUUUGCUUGAAAGAAAAGCCAAUUCAAUAACGCAACAAAGUGUUCAAGUGUCACAAAAUAUACAAUCGCUUCGCCUAAAACUUGAAGGUUUGGCUCAACAAAGUAAAAUGCCUUUCAACACUGACAUAAUCAACUAUUGGAAAAAUUUGCAAAUUCCUGAACCAACUCUAAGUAAGCUGUCACAAAUAAUUUUAUCUGUGCCAAGCAGCCAAACUUCCGUAGAGCGAGCAUUUAGUGCUCUAUCUUUAAUAUUAACAAAACAUCGUUCCAGGCUGAGCUCUGAAAAUCUUAACAAUUUACUUUUUAUCAAAUUAAAUGAAAAUUUAUUUAAAAAUAUAAAUCUAGACGUAGCGAGCGACGUUCAGUUUUAACUAAUGAAUUCAUUGAAUUUUUUAUCUACAAGUACAUACAGUCACUGUCAAAAGUAUUGUGACAUUGAUUUUUAUUACGAUAUAUUCAGAAGGUUUUUCAUGUUAAAUUUUCUUCGUAAAUUUUUUAUAA